GUCACUGAAUCUUGGAAAGCUGGCCGUUGGGGGCAGUCUGGAGAAUCUGGCAAAGAUGAGGGAGAUGAUUAUUCUUUCGAUGCAAAACAGCCACGUCUCCGGCAGUCUCCGGCACCUGCGAAACCUCACCAAACUGAAGGCGCUGUUCCUCGAGAAGACGAGGGUCACCGGCACCCUCCAGGGCAUCGAAGGCAUGAGCAUGUUGUUUCAAUUGCAAAUCCAGAAUACCAAGGUGGAUGGAAACUUGGCGUCCUUGCAUGAACUAUCCAGGAUGCUCAAGAUGGACAUAUCGGGGACCAAUGUGAAUGGGGUGAUGCCAAAGCUCAUUGAGCUUGACCUUUCAGGGAAUUCGGACAUCAUUGGUGACAUCAGCAGCCUUGUCGACCUUCCCGAUUUGACGCAGAUCAGGCUGGCUUUCACCAGUGUACAUGGCCACUUAUCCACAGAACGUUACGGGUACAACCUGAAACGCCUCACGAUCCUGGACUUGACGGCAACACGCUCAGAGUUCCUGCUUCCCAUCGAUGAUUCGUCUGAGCUCAACUUCCUCAACAGAGUACUAGAUGAUGACAAGGGCGCGAGGUUUAUCCUGCCUUCCUUGAGGUAUUUUUGUCGAGGUGUAAAUCGUUUGCUUGACAAGGUCUCUGGCUGCCCAUUGAAUACCUCUGUGUCGCAGCUCCGCACGACGCUCAAGUUUUUACCGAGUGUUACGAGCAUAGCUGCGGCGAACAGUGGCCUCUACGGAGACGUGUCGGGCGGCAUGGGUCCCCUCGAUCCUGAUUGGUUGUACUUGGAUCUGUCAGACAACCGCAUUGCGACAAUCGACGUGCCUGAGCUCCCCAUGUACUUCAGCAUCGCGCGCAAUCCAGUUCGGUUCAUGGAAGGAAACCUCUUAGUCAAUGCACUGCGGAAGGGAUCAUCGCUGGACUUCAUGGGGGUGGACUUUAUCAAUUCCCGUGCAGAACCGAAGAGGCUGUUUGCGCAGGGUGUGUUCAAGACGACACCCCUUCUGAGCACCUUCAACCAGUCAUAUGGAUAUGCAUGCAAG